AUGGCGGCGCAGCCUGCGAAACCCCGGAAUUGCGCCGGCGCAACUUUGGACUAUAUUGGAGCACGCCACGUUGGCGUAGGUCCCGAAGUAUCCAGUUACACAACACAAGCCGUUAAAAUCCCCAUGCGAGAUGGCAUCAAGCUGGCUGCAGACCUCUAUGCACCGGAGUUGCCCAGCGGCCAGACACCGGCCGGAUUAAUUAUGAUACAAUGUUGUUACGGUAGAGGGGCAGGUAUCUCAUUUAUCAAUGCCCGUGUAUUUGCUGCUCGAGGGUAUCGAGCUCUCAUGGUGAGUACACGCGGUACUGCUGGCUCCGAGGGGGUCUUCGACCCCGGUAGCAAUGAGCAGUUCGAUAGCCAGGAUAUUGUCGACUGGAUGCGUCAGCAGCCCUGGUACCCUGGAUCCUUUGCGACGAUGGGCGCUUCAUAUCUUGGUUACAGUCAAUGGGCUCUUUUACAGAAUCCGCCUGAGGAUUGUGUUGCCGCUAUCAUUCCUGUUGGGCCUCACGAUCAUGCCUGGCAUGCAUGGGGUACUGGAUCCUUCCGACUUGAUCGUGCAUCCUGGAGCGACGUAAUGUCAAAGGGGGAAGAAGAGAGCGGAAGUAUUGUGUCGCGAUUGGCAAAUAUACCCGGGCUGAGCUUUUUGAGGUCAAAGGAGCUUGAAGAAGCCGUCGCUGGUCUGCCACUAGACACUAGCCUCCAGCGAUACUUCGGUGACAGAGCCCCGUGGCUUUUCGAGUAUCUAAAGCACCCUUGCAUUGAUGACGAUUACUGGACUUCGAGAAGGCAUAAUGCUACUCUUGAGCGUGUGCAAAUACCCAUUUUACUGGUGAGUGGUUGGUGGGACACGUUUACGACGCAGACAAUGCAUCAGUUUAAAUAUCUCCGUGAUCGAGGUGUGAAUGUCAGCCUCAUAGUCGGGCCCUGGACGCAUGUUCAGGGAUCUGGUAUUCAUUCUAUGCCUGAAAUAAUGGACUUUUUGGCCGAGCAUCUGGCCAAAACUGGCAAAUACAGCCAUCCUCCUGCUCGGAUACAUAUCACCGGAUCUAAGGAGUGGCGCUCAAUGCCUACUUGGCCUCCAGUCACCGAACCAAAAUGCCUUUUCCUGCAAGAGUACAACAAAAUUGGAUCGAAGCUACCCUUACAAAAUGCACCCGAAGCUUCCUUCGUCUUCGACCCGUUGGAUCCUACUCCCAGCAUUGGUGGCAACCAAAUAUCCUCCGGUGGACAAGUGAACGACUCUGCCUAUGCCGACAGGUCAGAUGUUCUAGCUUUUACUAGCGAGCCUCUAGCACAGGCCUUUGAAGUUCUAGGGAAACCGUGCGUUUAUCUAAUGCAUGCCAGUGACCCCCCAUUUGCAGACUUGUUCUUGCGUCUCAGCGAGGUAGAUAUCGAGGACGUGUCCCACAAUAUCACAGAAAUGUACCAUGCGCUGGAUCCCUCGCGGGAUAUGACUCAGCCCUUAAAGCUGGAAUUGCAAGACUGUGCUCAUCGGUUCAAGAAAGGCACGCGCGUGAGACUUUUAGUCGCCGGUGGCUCUUUUCCGAUGUACGCAAGAAACCUUGGGACUGCCGAGAGCCGGGUUUUCGGCACAAAAACGGCUCCUCAAAGACAUACUUUGACUAUUGCUGGCGGCGUAUCGCAGCUGGUUUUGCCUGUUGCUGCUGAUGCUUGA